GCGGGGAAGGAGGCGAACCCAGACCUCGGCUGCCCCGAGGGCUGGUGGGAGUGGCGGCGCGAGCGGCCAACGGGCGGCCGGGAAACCGAUGAGACGGCUCCACGCGCCGCCGGCCGCCCGGCAGAGCCCACCUUUCGUCGAGAAGCCCCCGCUCUUUGAUAAAAGAAGCCGGCGUCUGCCUCCAGGCCCCCGAUUACCAAGAGAUGAUUGACUCUGUGAAACUCCGGAGAGAAAGUGCCUUUGACUUUUUCUUGCGCUACGACUACCUCUGCGCACUUAACGACUGUGUUCCGCUACCAGGAGUGAAAGCUCAUCUGGAAGAAGGAAUUCUUGAUUUCAACGCAGAUCAUAUCAAAGUUGCCGAUUGGACACCCUUACUGAAUGCUCUUGCGAUUGAUAAAAAUCUGACCUCUAUAGCAAUAAGGAGCUGGUACCAACCAAUUUGUGGAGAAACAGGUUCUGAGAAAUAUAAAGCUUCCUCUAGAAGACGAAUUCCAGCAAUUAGAUCCCAAGAUGUUAUUAUUCAACUGUGUAAAGCCAUUAAAAGCUGCCUCAGUGUGUCAAGUGUGCUAAAGAAUUUGGAACUACAAGGGCUGCUUUUAAAUGAACAAGAUUUAAUCCUUUUAACUCAGGGAUUGAAUAAAUCAGCUUCUCUGGAGCAUCUCUCUCUAGCUCAUUGUCCAAUUGGAGAUGGAGGUGUAAAAACAAUCUGCCAAAGUAUAAAGAACUCGACUACUCUGAAAACCGUCAAUUUUACCGGGUGUAAUUUGACAUGGCACGGAGCGGAUCAUUUGGCCAACAUUUUGAAGUUCCAGGCCAUCAAAAGACGUGGUGAAGCAUGGGCUGAGAGUCUUCGCUAUAGAAGGCCUGACCUAGAUUGCAUGGCUGGUUUGAGGCGGAUCACUCUUAAUUGCAACCCCCGCAUUGGUGAUCAUGGCGCAAGGAUUCUUGCAGAAUGUCUUGGAGAGGACUUGUGGCUAAAAGCACUUGAUCUGCAGCAGUGUGGAAUUGCCAAUAAAGGAGCCAUGGCCUUACGAGACGCUCUGGAGUCUAAUGUGAUAUUGGUUAUUCUGGACAUAAGGAAAAAUCCACUGGUUGAUCCUGUUUUGAUCAAAGGGAUUAUGAAAAAAAUUAUCCAGAACGGAAGCAGUGCUAAUUCAGAGUACGAGUGGUUGAGCUCUACACCGUUAAAGGAUCUUUACAAAACCAAACAGAAAAAAAGAACUAUAAUUCUAGGAAGUGGUCGGAAAGGAAAAGCUACUAUUCGUAUUGGAUUAGCUGCAAAGAAGCCUCCAAGUAGCGGAAGAAAGCAUACGUCUGGUAAAGAAUGUUAUGCUGCAGAGCCAUUACGACCAGGGGCAUACGGUUUCAUGCCUUGGCGAACUGCGGCACGUGCCAAGAGGUGCAGGGGCUUCCCAGUGAUCAAGCCCCAAGACGUACCACUUCAAAUCCAGCAAGCCGGUUUCCCUUUGAAAGUGACUAUGGAGAAGGCUUCCUCUUCGGAAACAGAGGGCACAGAGGAGGCUUCUGAUAGCGAGCCUGAAAUGCUUGAGGAAGACGCUUUGCAAAAAUGCAAACUCUUAGAGGAACACUUGGAAGAAUGCCUGAAAAGAUUAAAGGAUGAAAGGACGAUGCGACUCAAGUCUGACAUCCGACUAAUUGAGCUGGAAAUAGAAAAUGCCAAGAUCAGAAAAAUAAAUGACUCUCUCUCUGAGGCUCUUCGUGCACAGUCAACAACAAGCAUGAUUUUGGAAGAUGAAAGUUUUUUGAGCAGCAUUGAGACCUCUUUUCAAAAGUUUCAUGCUUUUCUGGAUCUACUUAGAGAUGCCGGGCUUGGGCAGCUGGUAGCAAUGUCUGGAAUAGGUCAGUCAGAUUUCAGCUUGCUAGGCCGUACCCAGAUGAACUCUGCCGUUAGCAAACCUUCUACAGCGGAAGAGAGGGUAUUCCGAGAAGAAAGAUCUGAGCCAAUGCCAAAUAUCCCAGCGAGGAUGAGGGAUCUCCAAGAACCAUCUGGAGAGCCCAGAACUGCAUGGCCCUUUGACUCUUUCCCAUUAACUGUUUCUGCCCUGGAGGCCAAAUCUGUUUUCAUUGAAACUGAGGGAAUCAUUGCCCUUGACCAGCAACAGCAGGAACUGCCAGGUACUUCUAAAGAGCAUGAAGAUGGAAUGUUGUCAUUAGUGGCUGCUGAAAUUGAAAGCCAGAGAAAUGAAGAGACAAUGUCCAAAGGAAGCAGAACUUCAUCCUCAGAGAAAAGCUCUGGGCUCAGGGAAUACACCAGAAAACAUUCCUCUCAGAAACAAUACGCUAAUAGUCACCGUUCCUCCUCUGUGUCUACCAUAAGCAGGGCCUGUAGUUCCUUGUCUAGUGAAAAAGUAAAAAAUCAAACUUCCAAAAAAAAAAUUCCUGAUUGGAGAGACACUGGGGCUGGCCUAUCCAAGGAUGAUAAAAGCCAUCAUAGAAUGCCAAAGCAUUCCCAGAUUUAUUCUCCUGUCUCUGAUGUGGAAAUGAAAAAAUGUAUCUAAAAUCAGGAUCAUGCUGUGCCUGUAUGUCAUUUUAACUUGCCUGCGAAUUUUAAUAAAAUUUCUAAUACUUGAAUUUCUAA